UUCUCUGGACCCCGGUCCAAGGUCCUUCUAAGUUCUCGCUAACUUCCACACCACACCUCAUCCAGAUCCAUAUUAGGCCACUGCGUCCCCUGCCCCUUCCCAUCCCAUUCCAAUGCCACUUGCCUGACCAACCCCCCGUUCAUUCCAAUUCCCACCACAACCACCGCAUUUCCUGCUCUUCACUCCGACAACAGACUCACUUUCUCCCUACAACAACAUCAACACAAACACAAACAGACAAACACCAUAUCGUUUGCAGUCUUGACUUUCUUAAUAGUCGCAUCGCAGCCUUUUUAUUACCCAAUCCACUCUACCCUUCACCUCACCAACCUCGCGCGCGCACUUACAAGCAUCGUAAAAAAAACUGCCCGCCAUACCUUUGCGCCUGGCCGCGUCGUCUAUCCCAGCCGCGAUCGCACCACACGCCAACCACCGCUUCACCCGUCGCCCUUUGCACCAAGCAACAACAAUCGUCGCCGCGAUCAAAUUCCGCAUAUUUGUUAUUUGUCACCAAAUAAUCGAAGCUCGUUACCAUGCUGCUUCCGUCCGCGCUGCCUUGCGAUCCGUCGCACUCAACCCACUCUCGACUGCAACAUUCUCUUUUCUCGCCUCCUGCCAGCCCUCCGGCUUUCUCGUCGCACGCAUCUUUCGCCAAUAUUAUGACCACCUGUCGCUCGCUCCAAUCACUACUAUCAACACCCGCGCCUAUUAUUACCAAUUCUCGCCCGACUCCUUCACUCGCUCAAUUACCAACUCCACCGCUCGCCCAUGCAGCACCUCCCCUGAAGUUGCGACUCCGUCCACGCCCACAACGCCGCGAGCCAGUUGGUCCGAAGAAGGUAACCAAGCGUGCGGCACCGCGUGCUCUUAACAAGAGGCGCCGUACUGCCGACGAGGAGGCGGAACGCUAUUCAUCAGCGAGUGAGUCUGGCAGCGAGUCACCAUCGCGCCGCUCAAUCAAGCAAGCCGCGCCCUCAACGCCAAAGCGCACGCGCAUCGCCCCUGAGCAGCUGCCUCUAGGUCUUGACCGUUCCGACUUCCACAACAUGCAUCUUCGACAAGGCGGACAUCUUCUUGGAGAAGAAGACUCCUCCGAUGAAGAGGACUGGAGCGCCGAGGACGAUCGCAUUCUCAUUGAAAUCGUGCUAGAGAAGCUUAGAUUGUCAAAGGCGGAAUGGCAAGACUGCGCCCGAAAUCUCGGCCGCGAUCGUCACGCUGUCGACCGCCGCUGGAAGACACUGUUGCUCAAUGGUGAUAUCGGUCUCAAGUCACGACCAGGACACUAAGCAACUCCAAUUGGAUCUCCCAGAAUAUUUUCUUGUACAUGAUUUUAUACAUUUGAUCUUUAGCGCAAGUCUCGGCCGAGCAUCAUCGGUAGCGAGCACAAAGAAAAGAGGUCUACAGGACAUAACAUGGGCCAUGGGCUGCCCUUGGAGUUAGAUAUUUUCUUCCACGCUUUAUAAUGAUAUCCCCACGCGUGAAUGCGUGCUAUUCAGUUUCACAUUUGCUUUUUUUUUUUGUUUUUUGUUUUUGGGUCGAGAGUCGUAAUCUGGUACUAUAGAAGAUAUCAAGAAUCUACAAUGGGACAUCAAAAGUUCCACAUUUCACUUAAUGUUGCCUACUGGUGGUGUCCCCUGCGCAUCCUGGCUACUCUAGGUCGUAGUGAAUCCGAACACAGGGUUCUCGGACAUACCAUCACGGUCUCCAUCAGGGUUCAAUAUUGCGUGCGCCAGCCUCCACAUAUUGGUCCAAUACCGUUGUCGUGGCUGGCUUAUCAAGAAAUCCUAUCAAAAGAUUACAGCUCUGAUAGAUCAUAACGAGAUCGACGUUCAGGCACUGGGGAGGGGAAUGAAGCAAACUGGGCCAGUACAUCGAGAACAUCUCUUCAGCUCGCUGGAGCAUUCUUCACCCGCAUUUCCAUCCCUCCAUGGUACAUCGUGCGUCGCCUAUCGCCCAUCCCGCAUUCCUCAUGGACCAGGCGCACGGUCUCUCCGGAAAUCACGAACAGACCAUCGAAUCGGGCAUCAAUAUACACGAGACUUGGUACUUGUCCCAAUUUUCAUCAUCCCAAGUCCGUUUGUACGUUUCACACCACGAGGUCAGACUUGGAAUUCCGAGCUUGGACUUGAUUGUUGAGUCGGACAGUUUGGGUGGCUGGUUGGGAAACAAAUGCACAUCAGGAGUAAUUAGCAGAUCUUGGUGAAUUGAAAAUUGGUAGCAAUGUGAAAAACACCUGUACCUUACCUAGGUGUGUUUAGAUACUGCGUAGUCUACCUACCUAUAUAGGCAAUAGAGUAACUAGGACUUGGACGUCGGAUUUUAUUGCACAUUUGGUAGGUGACUUCAGGGUCUGUUCAUUGUCGUCUUCUAUCCUUCUUUCGUUGUUCGAUCUCUCACAUUUAGCGUGCGCCCGGGCCCGUGGAUGGGACGGGCGGCGACGGGCCGUGACCGGGGGU